AUGGCUCUUAAGCGAAUCAACAAGGAACUCACUGACCUCGGCCGUGAUCCCCCCUCUUCGUGUUCUGCCGGCCCCAUCGGAGAUGAUCUGUUUCACUGGCAAGCCACAAUCAUGGGUCCUAGCGACUCACCCUACUCAGGCGGUGUCUUCUUCCUCGCCAUCCACUUCCCGACAGACUACCCGUUCAAGCCCCCGAAAGUGAACUUCACCACCCGCAUCUACCAUCCCAACAUCAACUCAAACGGCAGCAUCUGCUUGGAUAUUCUGCGGGACCAAUGGAGCCCAGCUCUGACUAUCUCCAAGGGCAACAUCUGCUCAAUGUUGACGGACCCGAAUCCCGACGAUCCUCUUGUCCCCGAAAUCGCACACGUGUACAAGACCGACCGAUCUAGGUACGAAUCUACGGCUAGAGAAUGGACCCGAAAGUAUGCCAUUUAA